AUGCUUCCAGGACCGAAUGUAAUUACAUAUUUAUUGAAGCUCAAGAGGGGUUAUGACUCGGCUGCAGAAAGGCCUCGGCUCAAAAGGCCGGCUGGUUCAGUCAGGCAGAGAGGAACCAAUCUUAGCAAGAAUGUCCACGGCAAGGAGGUGCCAUAG